UGUUUCUAUUAUUAUUACAAAUUUGAUCCCCUAGAUUUGAGUUUUUUCCACAUCACCGCCCUUCACGAUGGCCUCUCCCGACCCCGACGAGGCCCUCGACUCCGCGGCGACGCGAUGCCUCUCUCUCCUCCGCCGCGUCGCCUCCUCCCCGAAGCUCCCUCCUCCCCUCAACGCCUCCCUCCGCCGCCUCAUCGCCGCCGAGCUCCGCUCCCUCCUCCUCCGCCCCCGCCCCCUCCCCUGCCCCCUCUCCUCCAACCUCGGCCACCUCGAGGCCGUGUUCCACGUCGUCCUCCACCCCGCCGUCCAUGGCGUCUCCCGCGUCGCCAGGCCCCUCGGCCCCGUCCCCGUCCACGUCGACGUCGCCUGCUCCCUCCGCCGCGCCCCCGCCUGGGUCUUCGUCUCCGACCGGAACCCUAGCCGCGUCUCGUGGCGCGGAUCCCCCGGGGAGCGGGGCAGGGGCGUGCGCGCCCGCGUCGCGGAAGCCCUCGCCGCCGCGCGCGCCGCGGCGAGGGCGCUGAGGCCCGAGAAGCUCCUCUUCGUCUUCGCCCGCGGCGUCGGGGACGGCGUGGCGGGAGGACUCGUCGAGGAGUUCGGGGCGGCGGAGAUCGGGUUCUUCGACGAUUUGGAGGUGUUCGAGGAACUGGAUAGUGGGUGGAUGGGGGUUAGAAUGGUGGACAGUGAGUUACUACAGUGGGCGGAGAGUCGUAAACCUAGGGUUUUUGAGAUCGACAUUAGGGGAGAAUUCGUCGACGUCAGGGAUAGAGCUUCGUCAUCGGUGAAUCUGAAUCUGAAGGAUGAAGAGGAAUUGGAUUUGAGUGAUCCAUUCAGUUCUCUGAUCUCUAAAAUCCGCCCAAAUUGUACGAGUUCAGAGAAUGUGAUUAAUUUCGAUACUACGGCGAUGAUCGCCCUGGUGUCGGGUAUAAGCAACGGUGGGGCAGAGCAAUUGCUGAAGGGGUCUGAGAAUGAGAUGAGGGCGAGGUUUAAGAGCAACUACGAUUUCGUGAUCAUGCAGGCCAAGUCAGAGCUUCAGCAUCCCAUCCUACCAGAGCUGGAGAAUGUGAUAGCCGGAAAAAAGGGUAUUGUGUGCCAAAGUGUGUGCUCAGAGUUCAAAGAAAUUGCUUCGAUGUGUGGUGGACCGAGUGAGAAAAUUAGAGCUGAUAAACUAGUGAAAAGACUCUUAGUUGUCCCAGAUAGUCCUUCAAUGCGCUUGAUGGAUCUUCCCACAACAAGGAAGCUCGCACUAAAGAACAAAAUUGUUUUCGGAACAGGGGAUCAUUGGCGUGCUCCCACUUUGACGGCGAACAUGGGAUUUGUGCGAGCUGUUUCUCAGACGAGUAUGUCUCUGUUGACUAUUGAGCAUAGGCCUCGUGCUCUUAUUGGUAUCUGAUGUCUCCGAAAUCAUAAUAUGAUUUUAGCACGACCAUUAUGUAUAUUUUGCUGUACCAUUUACAAGAUAAAGCUAGAUGGUGGUUGGAAGUUUACUUCUCUACAGAACUCUUCUAGGUGUUGCUAAUACAAAAAUGGGCUGAUGUGUGGAGUUUAGGCUAUAGUUUUCGUUAGCGAUUUCGCCCAGUUUGCUCACAAGAGUCGACUUUUUGUUAAUGCUGUGGAGUAACAGCGAGCUUGAAAGGUUGAGCUUCGACUCAUUUGAUUCCGCUAGGAGCUGAAGCCGUUCACCAGCGUCUCUCUUUGGGGUUUGCUUAGUAUAUUUACGUUGAGCUUUGUCGUUGUUCUUUUAUUCGUUUACUAUGCAGGACAAUAUGCUCUUAUUCAUUGUAAAGGCUCCUCAAUGGAGUUUUAUGAGUUUAUAUGGUAGAUCUUUCUUGUACUUAUGUAGCACCCAAAAUUUGUAUUAUGUUGUACUCUGCAAAACUCAGUGUGUGAAGCCUUUUAUUUGAAUGGGCAAAAUGAUAUACCUUGUGGUCAUGUAAAA